CUACAUUCCACCUCCAGCAGCUGAUUCUUCACAAACAUUUCCCCAGUUGCAAAGCUGAGCAGUAGGUGGCUUCAGGAAAGGCAGCGGAGUUGACUUCUACCAACAUGAGGGCAGCUGGAAUUCUUGUCCUCUGCCUCUUCUCCUCCAUCCUGUCAACAGUGACGUCUCUAAAGUGUCAACAAUGUGUUGCCCUUGGAAAUGAAUGUGAAGAAGAUAAUGUGAAGGUGGUGGAGUGCAAAGAAGAUAAAGAGUUUUGUUCUACUGUAGUGGUCAAUUCUACUGUAUUGGAAGCUCCAGUGAGUAUAAUUGUCAAAGAAUGUGCAACUCGUGCGGAGUGUUUUGAAGGCCUCUUUAGCAUCACAACAGUAGACAGUAGAUUUGAAAUAACCAGAGGUAACUGUUGCCAGACUGAUCUCUGUAAUGCAGAAGUGCUUCCGUUGGAAAGUUAUGAAGACUUUCAACCAAAUGGGUUACAGUGCCCAGGCUGCUUUGAACUAGAUGAGGAUUCUUGUGAAGCCAAUCAAUCUGUAGCCUGCGUUGGCCAAGAGGAUCGGUGUCUUAACAUAACCUAUACCAUAGUAGCAGAGUUUUUUUCAAAUUUCACUGAGAAGUCCACUUUCCAAGGAUGUACGACAAAGAAUUCAUGUUCCCUCCCUUUAGGAGUGUCUGAGAUGGGUCAUGGGUUGAUUCAGUUCAAUACCACCACCCUGGAAUGCAGUAAUGCAGCUUCUUCUGAACCUGAUCAUCAGUGAUUGUUGGGAAGAGCCUAACCUUUUUUGCAAUUAUUGGGAUAUUUUUAGAAAAUGAGAAAGCGGGAGAUUUAAUAGUGAAUUAAGUAGAGCUUGAAAUCAAAGAUGUUGUGAGUCUUACCUGAGUGGUGGAAAACUGGAAAGCUGGGGCAAAAAUAUUGAAAUAUAAUCCUUUGACACCACAGCUCAAUAAAAUAUGUUUUUCAAUCCUAAAGUCCACAAAAGCAGCAUAAAAAUAAAUUGCUAUGACAAAGGAA